AGAGAUAGAGAUAGAGGUAGAGGAGGGACACAAGCACAAUAAUCUCGUGAAAGCGCCUCCUCCUUUCAUUCACUUCUCAUUCUGGUGUGGUGUGUGAGUUUUAAUUAAGAACUUUUGAGUGCGUUCUCUUUCUCUUUCCGUGUCUGCGAAUGCUCUUCCGGGUUGUUGCAGCUCUACUCAUAAUUUGAAACCCCAAUUUCUUUCUAAAACCUAAAUACUUUUCUCUCUCUCUCUCUCUCUCUCAGCAGUUUAAGUUUAAGUAGUAGUAGUAGUAGUAGUAGUAGUAGUAGAGAAGAAGUAUACAUACAGAUACAGUAGUACGACGCUUAUUAGGAUCAAAAUAUUUGGAUGCUUUGGGAGUUACGAGGUACAUACACUCUUUCUCGUAUUUGAGUGCCAAGAAAGCAGAGUUAUUAAGAAGAACGAACCAAAAAGGGUUUUGUUGAGUAGAGGAGGAGGAGGAGGAGGAGGAGUAGCUUCAACUGCUCUCUCAGUUUUCCUUUUCUUUUUCAACAAAAUCAAAAAUAUAUAUAUAUAAAAAAAAAAAGUGAAUUUAUGCAUACAAUGGGGUCAUUGAAAUGGUGGAGAUUUGGCCUGAGUUGUCGAGAUCUGGGACUGUAUAAUGAGAUCUUUUUACGGUGCUGAAUAAAAUCCGAGAUCAAUCGUCGUUUCGGAUGUCUGCUCCUAAAUCCUAAAUCCUAAAUCCUAAAUCCAAUUGCUUUGCUUUUCAUUUUGCAAUUACGAUUGCUAGGGUUUCUGUUUUCUUUUUAUUCCCUUUCAUGCCAAAAUGACUACAAAACGCGCCUACAAGCUACAGGAAUUUGUAGCACACUCUUCCGCCGUGAAUUGCCUCAAGAUUGGCAGGAAGUCGUCCAGGGUUCUAGUCACCGGCGGAGAGGAUCACAAGGUCAAUCUUUGGGCUAUUGGCAAACCCAACGCCAUCCUGAGUUUGUCUGGACAUACAAGUGGAAUUGAUUCCGUAAGCUUUGAUUCUUCGGAGGUGUUAGUUGCUGCAGGAGCCGCUAGUGGUACAAUCAAGCUUUGGGAUUUAGAGGAGGCAAAGAUUGUUCGUACACUAACGGGUCACAGAUCCAAUUGCAUAUCUGUUGACUUUCAUCCCUUUGGGGAGUUCUUUGCAUCUGGCUCUUUGGAUACGAAUCUGAAGAUAUGGGAUAUCAGAAAGAAGGGGUGUAUCCACACAUACAAGGGUCACACUCGAGGGGUGAAUGCAAUCAGAUUUACCCCGGAUGGCCGUUGGGUUGUAUCUGGUGGCGAGGACAACACUGUCAAGUUAUGGGAUCUGACCGCUGGAAAGCUGUUGCAUGAUUUCAAGUGUCAUGAAGGCCAAAUUCAGUGCAUAGACUUUCAUCCACAUGAGUUUUUGCUGGCAACUGGUUCAGCAGACAGGACUGUUAAAUUUUGGGACCUUGAAACCUUUGAGCUUAUUGGUUCAGCUGGACCAGAGACAACUGGAGUUCGUUGUUUGGCUUUUAAUCCUGAUGGGAGGACCCUACUAUGUGGUUUGCAUGAAAGUUUGAAGGUUUUCUCAUGGGAACCAAUAAGAAGCCAUGACGCUGUGGAUGUGGGAUGGUCUAGAUUGUCAGAUCUUAAUGUUCAUGAGGGAAAGCUUCUUGGCUGCUCGUACAAUCAGAGUUGUGUUGGAGUAUGGGUUGUAGAUAUCUCGCGCAUAGAACCAUAUGCAAUUAGUAAUGUUACAAGAUUAAAUGGCCAUUCAGAAUCUAAAUCUUCUUCAAGUGGGAAUCUGUCAGUACUAAAUGAGAACACUGCUAAGGCUAGUUUGGGUCGGCCAGCUGUUUCACAAAAUUCAGAUCCCUUAGUGAAGGAAACAAAAUCUCUUGGGAGGUUGUCAGUUUCUCAAAAUUCAGAUCCUAUUAAGGAACCAAAACUUUUGGCAUCCACAGGAAGUGUACCUGGUACUCCUCAGAGGAUCAGUUUUAAUGCCAGUCCAAAAACAGUUCCUGCUAGUUCUAUGGCAGUCCCUAGUGGAACAGCUCCAAAGAGGAAUUCCACAAAGGCUCAGUCAACUGCCAGUGUUCCAGUUAUUAACAAAUUGGAUGUGAUACCUGUAAUUGUCCCAAGAACCAAUAUGAGGUCAGAGCAAGCAGCUGAUUCCCGAAAGGAAGUUGGUCUAGCUGCAAGAACAAUGCCAUUUUCUUUGCAGUCAAAGGCAACUGAUUUCCGAAAACUAUCAAAUAGCAGAGAUGAAGUGGAUAAACAAAUUGUCUCAGUUGUGCCUGAAUUCACAGGUUCUAAGGCUGCUGAAUUAAGCAGUGGCACAGAUAGGAAUAUACUUCCUGUUGCUAAAAGCUUGACUCAAGGAGUAUCUGCUGAAGAAAGGAGCAUGAAGGAUGAUAGAUUUAUUGGACCUAGUAAGCAUGAAAUGAAUUCAAUGACAGAGUCAGCAGCUAGCUAUCAGCAUGCAAGUUAUGAUACUCGGGGGCAUAAGUUGAACAGAGAUGCAUGCUCUACUGAAAGUCAAAAAGCAGGUAGAACGCGUUCACUUGUUGUGAAUUGGGAGAAAAGGGAAAGAUCUCCUAAUUAUGAGGAACCUGCUUCCAGUAUUCCCCCUGCUUCUGUCUCUACAGCUAACAUGCUCCCCUUCAAUGCGUAUAAACAGAGAGGAUAUUCUCCGUCUGCUGAGAAAGAAACAGAGUCUGCUAGUGAUGAGGAUGCUAUUGCAGAUGUAAUGGAACAACAUGACCAAUUUGUCAGCUCUAUGCAGUCUCGUUCAGCCAAGUUGCAGGUGAUUUAUAGAUAUUGGGAAAGGAAUGAUGUUAAGGGGGUUAUUGGUGUAAUGGAGAAAAUGGCUGAUCAUGCUGUUGUUGCUGAUGUAGUUAGCAUUAUGACACAGAAAAUUGAUACUGUCACGCUGGAUAUUUUCACGUGUCUUCUACCACUUCUCACAGGCCUUCUUGAAAGUGACAUGGAUAGGCAUCUAAGCAUCUCUUUGGACAUGCUGCUAAAGCUGGUCAGAAUAUUUGGUCCAGUCAUCUAUUCAGCAUUAUCAGCAUCAUCAUCUGUUGGUGUAGAUAUUGAGGCCGAGCAAAGACUGGAGCGGUGCAACCAAUGCUUUAUAGAGCUUGAAAAAGUCAAACGCUGCCUACUGGCCCUUACCAGAAGAGGGGGAACAGUUGCAAAGUCAGCACAGGAGUUAAACCUAGCUCUGCAGGAAGUUUCAUGACAAAAGUAACAGUGUGGAAGUGCAUUUAUUUCCGGCUCACUUGAAAUUGUUUUGUUGCUUUGAGGGAGUUAUAGGACCUCUUGAACAGUUAAAUCCCUCUUGAUGCAACCCCUAAUAGUUCAACACUGUUGUUGCUGGCCCUGAUUUGCUCCGCCCUUGUAUGUAUAUUCAUGUUAAGUGGAGGCCUUAACAACUUGCUAAUUCUAUGUGUCAACUGCAUCUGGAAGGUUAUUGCAUAUGCCACUGCACCUGCUGCUUGUUGCACAGCUUUGGCGAUUGUCUAGUAGAUGCUUGCUGGAAGAUGUCCCACACCGUUUACGCUCUAACCCAAUAUCUCAACAAAUUAUGUAACUCUUGGCUACAUUAGUGCUGAUUUAAUUCUUGAAUUAUAUUCCUUGUAUAAAAGGAUUGGCGGUGCUAUAAGAGGUGUCCUUAUACCUUCCUGUGA